UCAAAGCAUAUGUUUGAAUUUUGACGUAGGUUGGAUACAUUUUAUUGAUAAAAAAUGUAAAUAAUAUGUAAACACCGUUUAACUCUAAAAUCUUUAUUGGUAAAUAAAAAAGAUUCUAAGUUACGUGAUCUUAUGACUAUUCAAGGUUAAAACAUUAAUCCAUAAUGUAAAUAGUUAGAAUAGUGUAAAAUAUGCCGUUGUUGUUAUAAAAAAGCAAGGUCGUCGUUCUAGUAGAUGGUACCAAAAUGCAUGGAACGCGAAGAGUUGUAACAUUUUGUUUGCUCACUACAGUUUUGCCAUCAAUACUCAUUAUAUUUCCAUUAUACCUUAGGCAUAUAAGAUAUGCUGAUGUUAUGUAUAAAAUAUCAGAUUCUGAUGUCAUACAAAUACAUAAGGGUCAGUCAUCAAUAUUUUGUGAAAAACAUUCCUUAAAAAUGAAUACUACAUUUAAUGCAUUCCAAAUGAAGGGUAGGCCACGUUUGUCUAAAAAAAGAAAACAUAUAACUUUAAAGAAGUCAAUGUCUUUGCCGGAUGAUACAUUAGAAUAUUGGGGGUUCUACCUAUUCUCUGGGGCUACUGUUGAAUUAAAAGCUUGUUCUAGAUAUGAAGGUUCAAAAAUAUUGAUUGUAAAAGGAGAUAAAAUAUUAGAUACAUGUGGCAUUCUAGAAGGAAGUAAAUAUAAACAGGAACCUCCUCUAAUUGGUAAAAAUGGUCAUGUUUUGGUAACUCUACAAAGACCUACUGAAAAAGAAAAUAUUAAGAAAUUAAGUACUAAUCAUAUGCAUAAAAAGAAAAAUAUUUAUGAAAAUGUCAGUGAAACCGAAAUACUACAUAAACAAAGGGAAAAGCGUGAUACACUCAAUCCCUCAAUACAUAACCCUAACACAAUAUUAGACACUGGCGUUAACCAUGGAGGUAAUGCUUUUAAUACAUCAAAGCUACAAGAAGAUGCAUCUGUAUCCAGCUUUGAAAACAACCUGCAUUUAUGUUAUAAUAAAAAUAUACUCAUAAAUGAAUAUUUUCCAUAUUCAAUGCAAUGCAAUAACACCAAAUAUUUAGAAGAAACUACAACACUUAAAGUUAUUCAUGAAGUUACAUCUGACGGAUAUUAUUACUAUAUAUUUUAUAGCGAUAAUGACUUUGUUGUGAAUGAUGUUCAUGCAAUAUUUGAUAUUUACAAACCAAUCUUCCUAUAUUCAAAUAUGUCAGAUUCUAAGGUAUGUUUAAAUAAAACAGACUGUUCUUUCAACAUUGAAAUGUUCAGUGAUGAGUUAGUUAUUGUAGAAGUACCUACAAAAGAUGGAUUGAGAAAUGAUGAUGAUACUUCCAUUCUUAUGUCUGUUUGUCAUCCUAGAAUGUCUAUUUAUAUAAUAUUUCCAGUUUCAGUGUUGUUACUCAUACUUUUAUUUGCAUUUUUAUGAUAUCUGUUAAAAAUAUUAUUGUAUGCACUAUUGAUAAGAAUAAAUAUUACUGAGAGUAAGACAUUGAUUUAUUAGUAAGUAAGCAUUUAAAUGUUUGUGUAUAUAAGUCCUCCUAUAAGACUGUGAUGUUAUUUUGCUUGGCAUAUAAUUUUAUUAUUGUUGAAAAGAAUAAAGUUUAUUAUUCUAA